AUGUGUUACUAUGCUAGAUACUGUGGAGGCCUGGGCUAUGGCUAUGAUGGGCUAGGUUGUGGCUAUGGCUGUGGCUAUGGCUGUGGCUAUGGCUGUGGCUAUGGCUGUGGCUAUGGCUGUGGCUAUGGCUGUGGCUAUGGUUAUGGCUGCUGCCGCCCACUGUGCUGUAGAAGGUACUGGUCUUAUGACUUUCUACUGAGGAGAUUAUGCAAAUGCCCUGAUUUUCUAACCAGAAAGGCUUCUAAGUGUUUUUACACCAAGAACUCAAGAAUGUCUUCAAAAUUUCUAACUUUAGGCUAA